AUGGCAGCAACAUCACUACCACGAACUGCUCUGCAGCGCUCUCUCUUCUCCGCUCGUUCUUCGCCGCAAUGUCUGUCCCAGCGCAUUUCCUCCCGCGUCAGCCAACCCACUACCCGCACAUUCACCAACAGCUCAGCAAUGCGCUAUAAGACUGUAGAAGAGGCAAAGUCGCGCUACAGAUUCGGUCCCUUCAGCUGGCAAGCCGGUCUUCUUUUCUUGGGUGCUGGUGUCGGAAUGGCCUUCUACUUCCGCUACGAGAANGAACGCAUGGCUCGCAAGCGCAUCGCCGAACACAGCAAAGGUGUUGGUCGUCCCUUGGUCGGUGGCCCCUUCAAGUUGAUCGAUCACAACGGCAAGCCUUUCACGGAACAAAACCUCAAAGGAAAAUACUCGCUGGUUUACUUUGGCUUCACACACUGCCCGGACAUCUGCCCUGAAGAGUUGGACAAGAUGGCUGGCAUGAUUGACAAUGUCAAGGAGAAGCACGGCGAUGUUAUGAGAUCUGUCUUUAUCACUUGCGAUCCUGCAAGAGAUACUCCUGAGGUCACAAAGGAGUAUCUGAAGGAGUUCCACGAGGACAUGAUUGGUUUGACUGGAGAUUACGAGGAUGUCAAGGCUACCUGCAAGGCUUUCCGUGUCUACUUCUCGACUCCUCAGAAUGUCUUGCCUGGUCAAGAUUAUCUCGUCGAUCACAGCAUCUACUUCUACCUGAUGGGUGAGUCUCUAGUCCUACAAAUGCAGAAGGCAACCGCUGACUUUCAAAAACANGACCCCGAGGGUGACUUUGUUGAAGCCAUUGGCAGAAACUUCACCGUCGAUCAAGCAUCAAAGGUCAUCAAUGACCACGUUGCAGACUGGAAGGGCAAGAUCGACAAGUCUGCCUAG